CCAUUCUGAUUUUCGUUAGUGACAUUCACGAUCUCUCUCUCUCUCUCUCUCCUAUAACUCGGAUCACCACAUGACUCGUUCCAGCUCCCCGUAAAAGAACAUUCCCAGAACCAAAAUCCCUAAAUUUGCCAACCUUACGUUAGAGCUCCACGAUCCAGGGGGAGAAGAACAGAGAGAGAGAGAGAGAGAGAGAGAGAGAGAGAGAGAGAGAGAGAGAGAGAGAGAACUCCAAACCCUUCAUUUUUCUUCGCGAGAUCUUUCGAGGGUUAUCUCCAAUUCACGAUUUUGAUCUGGGGAAAACGCAUUGCUCUUGUUUUCGUUUCCUGGGUUCGUCGAGUUGAUUGAUGUCUGUGGAUGCUGGAGCUGUAUCGGGUUCCAGAGACAUGGGUUUUGACGAGAAAAAGAACAAGGAAGGAGGAAGCACUGGAGAAGAGACCACGUCCGAAACGGCGCCGCAUCACGAGAGUACGGACGAUGAGGCGGUGGGAUCUUUGAAGAGAGAGAUGAGCGAGUCUUCCCUGUACGCAACCGAGGAAGAGGAAGAAGAUGAGGCCGCUCUUGGUGAGAAAUUACAACUGGGCCCUCAGUACACUAUCAAGGAGCAUCUCGAGAAGGAUAAGGAUGACGAGAGUCUCAGGAAGUGGAAGGAACAACUUCUGGGCAGUGUGGAUGUGAACAACAUCGGAGAGACUCUUGAUCCUGACGUGAAGAUCCUUAGCCUUGCGAUCAUUUCUCCUGGUAGACCCGAUAUAGUCCUUUCAAUUCCCGAGGCUGGAAACAUCAAGGGGUUGUGGUUUACGCUGAAAGAAGGGAGCAAGUACAACCUGAAAUUCACAUUUCAAGUUAGCAAAAACAUUGUGUCUGGCCUUAGGUACACCAAUACUGUCUGGAAGACCGGUGUUAGAGUGGAUAGAACAAAGGAGAUGCUUGGAACUUUUAGUCCUCAGCUGGAGCCUUACACACACAUGAUGCCGGAAGAGACCACUCCUUCUGGAAUGUUUGUUCGGGGAUCAUAUUCCGCAAGAACUAAGUUUCUUGACGACGAUAACAAAUGCUACUUGGAGAUCAACUACACCUUCGACAUCCGUAAAGAAUGGCCUGCAACCUGAGAACCGAAAGAGAACCUCCCGGCUCAGUCCUCGUCCUAGCAAGAUCUCUCUCUCUCUCUCCCCAUCUCGUCUGAACAUAUUAUGUGAAUCCUUUGCUGUUAACCAGUUCGUCUUCUUUCAUGUCUCCGGCAAGAAGUUGGUACAAGAACAUCAUUCGUAGAACGAGGAACAGACGUCUGUAUUCCUUCGUCUUGUGUUCACGUGAUCCUUCUCUGUUCGGUUUUGAGUUGCGUCCAUUGUUAGGUUGCUGGAACUCGGGCAGUGUUUCGGAUUUCGUCGACAUUGUACGGUGAUAACUUUUGUUUUUCUUAACCUUCUUCAUGUCCGAUGGUUUUCUCCAUGAGCUGUAAACUACGCGCACUUUGUUUUUCGAGUACUGCAUCGACUCUAUAUAUAACAGAUUCAAGA